ACGGGCAUUUGUUAUUCACUCAAUUUAAACAUCAUUAUAAGCCUAUUCCCCAGUGUAGAAUUGACGCUGGAAAGUCUUAUCACAUUGGCCGAGGUAAAUCUUUUGUUGCCGCCCACUUCAGAGGCCUGAAAAUAAGACACCGAGGCGAUUGCGAUAAACUUUUACUAUUAUACGCUCUGAUGGUUCUUAUCCUGUUGUUUCUUGAAACCUAAGUCGAGAGAAAAUACUGUCAGUUGGGAAACAUCGAUGAUACAGGCAGCUGGAAAAUGAGCAAGCUGUCCCUGCGACCCUCUAAUUUUGAGGAGUGUCUCAUAAGCCAGGGUGACGCGCCCUACACUGUUCCCGCGGAACUCUUCUGUAAUGUCACCUGGGAUUCCGUUCUGUGCUGGCCACCUACUUUAAUUGGAUCAGAGACCAAAUUGCCAUGUCCAAAAUACCUUGGACUUCCGACCAAUAGAUAUGCAACAAAAUCGUGCGGAAGAGACGGGAAGUGGAUCGGGAAACAUCCAGGAAAUGAGAUAUUCCCGAAGAAUUUUUAUCCAGGUUGGACAAAUUAUUCCGAGUGUUUGGGACUUAAGUAUGAUAUUCCUGUACCUGCUCCGACUAAUAGCACCCCAGACAAAAACUUUAAUGCCUCCGAGCCUUCGUCCGUCAGUGUUGGCAUACUCCCAUACCACAGUGAUGGUGUAGACAUUUUGUCCACUCUUUUGUUGGUCAUGUCACUAAUCAUGGUUUUGGCAUCCAUUGUUAUUACGUUUUGUACAAGAGGCGCAUUGACCACCCGAAAAAAACUUUACAGGAACUGCUUUGCAGCAUUUUUGGUUCACGACGCUUUGGAACUUGUGAUCAGAAUGGGUCGCAUUGUCCAAUCAGAUGAUGUCAUAAACGACAUUGAAACAUGUGUUUCUAUUGGUGUGCUUGUGACACUGUCGUCAUCCGCCAUUUACACUUGGCUGGCCAUAAUUUCUGUAUACUUUUUGUUGACAAAAAGCGGCAUUGUCAUUGAGAACAAAAUGUACUACGUUUUGUGUCUUUUGGGAUGGUUCAUACCCACAGUUAUCACCAUUAUCUGGCUAAGUGUCACGGUUUUAUCCGGGAACCUCAAAUGUAUCAACGGCGAAUUGGAAUUUACCAAACCCGAAUCUGGAUUCUGGAUUAUCGAAGGAAUAAAUGUGUUUUUAAUCUCUCUGUCAUGGCUACUGUUAAUUUUAUUUUUGUGGAAAUACAAACAUCAUGAAACUCAUCGAAGGUUUUCCGACAAUAAAAGUUUGACCAUGGAACUGAUGAACAUCAGACAAAGUGCGUACAAAAUGUUGAUCGUUUUCUGCUACGUCACAUCCGGGUACAUAAUCUACGUCAUCACAGCACAAGACCCGUUGACAGAAACAACAUCGUAUAUUUUGGUUGUCAUUCUUUUUUCGCGGGGGAUUUUGUUGUCCGUUUUUAUGUGCUUAAUUGAGGACAGUUGUAAAUGUUGGGACGGUGUUUAUUCUGUUGAAAGCAUAACUGAGAGCGAAGCCAGUCUGGCCCCUAGUAACACCAGUACCUUGACGACGCCAAGCUCUGUCAACAUCCACAGAAUCUCUAGAUAAACGGGAACAAGCCAAUAGACGCUAAAUUGUAUGUUUUUUUGACUUAGAGAACAGUGAUGCCGUUAUUCAACAGAGCUAUGGAACCUAAUUCUUGUUUCAACUAACACGAUACUGUUUAUAAGAAACUAAUCUUUUCUUGUUUUGUAUAUUUGUGGCAUUUCAGACAAAAAGAUUUGUUCUCCAACAAGCAUAUGUUUGAAACCAGUAUCCUUCUAUAGAUGUUGAAAGAACGUUGUUUUUGUACGUAUAAAAUUGUAAAUAUUGUGCAUAUGUGUAAAAUAUUUUAUGUACUUCUAAAGUGCUUCCUAAUUAAAUUUUUAAAGAC